AUGAGAGGACAAACAGCUUGCCGCACUCUUAGAGGUGCGCUAGGUAGACAGCAAUGCCAAUUCCGAAGGACAUAUGCUACUGAAGUGCAGCAACCUGCUGCGACAGUGUCGUCCGAGGCAGAGGUAGGCUCAGCGAGAGCCUACUGUCUGGAUCUCUUGAGAAAGUAUGACACUCCCUCCUUCCUAUUACAAUCAUAUAUGCCACCAAAGACGCGCGAUGCCUACCUCGCCAUCCGUGCCUUCAACAUAGAGGUCGCCAGGACUGCCGAUACCACGAGUACUCCAACUAUUGGCUCAAUGCGCCUGCAAUUCCAACGAGAUGCCAUAACAAAAGCAUUGGCUGGAACUCCUCCAAAACAGCCCAUCGCCGUCCUGCUUGCUCAUGCCGCCGAAGACUUGCAGCGAAGGACCAAUGGCAAAUCAAAGUUUAGCAAGAGCUGGUUCCACAGGAUCAUCUCCACGAGAGAGCAAUACUUGACAAACCCACCGUAUCCUGACCUGGCCGCCGUCGAGUCAUACGCUGAGAACACAUAUUCAACCUUGAUGUACCUGACCCUUCAGGCCAUGCCUAUGGCCUCUCUUACUGCCGACCAUGUCGCUUCGCAUAUUGGAAAAGCUACCGGAAUCGCCACUGUUCUGAGAGGUCUGCCGUUGCUUGCUUUCCCUGGUCCGGCAAACCACCACUCGAACCAAGGAGGCAUGGCUGGCGACGUUGGCGCUACUAGACAGGGCUCUGUUAUGUUGCCUCUGGAUGUCAUGGCAAGACAUGGUGUACGGGAGGAACAAGUACUCCGUCAAGGUGCCGAGGCUCCCGGCCUUCGUGAUGCUGUCUUCGAGGUUGCAACAAGAGCCAGCGACCAUCUCAUUACUGCGCGGGAGAUGGUCAAGAACAUCCGAGCUGGUCAGGAUGCCGGUCACGACUUUGAACAUGGCCACGAGGAGGAACACAUAAACUACGCUCCAUCACAAUCAUCCACACCUGCACAAGAGAUCCAGCAGGCUUUCCCAGUCUAUCUCUCUGCUGUGCCUACAAGUCUAUGGCUUGAGAGACUGCAAAAGCACGACUUCGAUGUCUUUGCUCCAAAGCUCAGAGUGACCGACUGGCGACAGCCAUGGAAAACAUGGCUGGCAUACAACAGAUCAAACUUCUAA